GGGGAUGAACGGGAUAAAAGGGCUGAAAGAGGGUUGAUGUCAAAUGUAAUGGCCUCCGAAUGGUCCGUAAAUUACAAAACACAAAGUCGCCCAGUAAAAAAUCGAGAAAAAGCGACCCGGAUGCCACGCAUAAUGUGAUGUUCGCCCCCCGAAGCUACGGUUCGGUUCACAAGCGUAACCUCUACAUCGUAUCCUUCCCCUUGAUAUUUUUAUUUACCAUUUUACGUUCUUUGUUGUAUCAGAUUUUUUUGAUCCUUCGUUUUGUUUAUUGUCGUUCGUCGAAUUAUUUCGUGCGUACCACCGCCGGUGAUGAGCGGCAGCGUGGUUGCGACGAAGUCGAAUCUAAUCAGUGCAUUUUAGUCGAGGAAAUCACCACCGAGAUGGCUCAAGUUAGGAAUGUGGGGCCCGGCCCCGGAGACCCUCUGUUAGCUAAACAGAAACACCACCACCGUAGGGCGUUCGAGUACAUCUCCAAAGCACUAAAAAUUGAUGAGGAAAACGAAGGCCAAAAAGACUUGGCCAUCGACCUCUACCGCAAAGGAAUCACCGAACUAGAACUGGGCAUUGCGGUGCAGUGCUGGGGUGGGCGCGGGGAGGUGUGGGAGAGGGCGCAGCGCCUGCACGAAAAAAUGAAGACCAACCUGGCCAUGGCCAAAGAUCGCCUGCAAUUCUUAGAAAACCUGGGCCACAUUCAGCACCUAGAAAUUGAACCUGAGCCCAGUAGAGUUGCCUCGAAACCUUCUCAUAUCCCGGCGUUAAAAUUAAACGUUCCUAAGUCAUUUCCAGCCUCAGGAAGAAAACUAACGGUAGCGGGCAAACGACCGGCCAACUCGCAACUGUCAAAGAGCCAAACGCUGCCGCGGUCGAUGGGGUCGCGCUCCGCCCCAGUGCAGCCGGUGCGCCCCUUUAACAAAGUCGCCUCCACCCCCCCGGCCAUUAAGAAGCAGCUGAGCAUCCCGGGGGUGUCGUCGCCGGCCAGAAGAGUCAACAACGCCAACAAUUCCGGUCCUACUCAAGGGCGACAAGGUGGCGCCCGCGGCCGCUCGCCCACCCUAAAGGGCGUCGACCCGAAACUGGCGCAGUGCAUCCUGGACGAAAUCGUGGAGGGGGGGCCGCAGGUCCAAUGGGAGGACAUCGUGGGCCAAGAGACCGCGAAGCAGGCCCUGCAAGAGAUGGUCAUCCUGCCCUCGCUACGCCCGGAACUGUUCACCGGUCUGCGCACGCCCGCCAGGGGCCUGCUGCUGUUCGGUCCGCCCGGCAACGGGAAAACGUUACUCGCCAGGGCGGUGGCGACCGAGUGUCAGGCGACUUUUUUCGCCAUCAGCGCCGCCAGUUUGACCUCGAAGUACGUCGGCGACGGGGAGAAGAUGGUGCGCGCCCUCUUCGCGAUCGCCCGCGAACUGCAGCCGUCGAUCAUUUUCAUCGACGAGGUGGACUCGCUGCUGUCCGAGCGGUCGAAUAACGAGCACGAGGCGAGCAGGCGGCUGAAGACCGAGUUCCUGGUCGAGUUCGACGGGUUGCCGAGCAAUCCCGAGAACGAGCGGAUCCUAGUAAUGGCGGCAACCAACCGGCCGCAGGAACUGGACGAGGCGGCGUUGCGACGUUUCACGAAACGCGUUUACGUGACGUUGCCGGAUCUGGAGACGCGGAUCGCCCUGCUGAAGAAGCUGCUGUCGAAACAGGGCUGCACCCUCACGCAGCAGGAACUGAAACGGUUGGCGACCCUGACCGAGGGCUACUCGGCGAGCGACUUGACCGCCCUGGCGAAGGACGCGGCUCUUGCGCCCAUUCGAGAGUUGCAACCGGAGCAGGUGAAGCAGCUGGACCCGAGCGCGGUGCGAAGUAUCACGAUGGGCGACUUCCUGGACUCGCUUAAGCGGAUCAGGCGCAGUGUGUCCCCGCAAAGUCUCGUCGGUUAUGAGAAGUGGUCGCUCCAGUACGGGGAUGUUUCCAUUUAGGUUUCUUUGAUUUGCCAUGUUGCCAGUUUGUUUGUUUUCUUUUUUUUUUUUGAGAAGUGACCAAUAAAAAGGAGCCUUUUGUUACGUUUCCGGUUUCGCUUUUCUGUUGUCUGUGAUAAGUGCGUUUUAUUAUAUUUGAAUUUUGCGUCGUCAUAAGUAUUUUAUUCCAAUAAAUAAAAUUGUAAACCUU